AUGCCGCUCGCGGAGGCGCUGCCGCGGCUGGAGGCGCUGGUCGAGGCGGCGGGGGCGGUGGAGGAGACGGCUGGGGCCGAGGAGCGCCAGUGUGACCUCUGCUACGACGCGCCUCGCUCGGUUCGCUUCGCGUGCGGCCACGCGCUGUACUGCGAGGCAUGUGCGCCGCGCGUGCUGGAGCGCGACACCAACUGCCCGGCCUGCCGCCGUCCGGCGCUGCCGAUCGUCGACACUGGAGCAGGCGUGGCGGCGCAGACGACCUUUGUCUACCAGUCUCCUCGCGCGGUGCCGAACCUCCCGCCGGCCGGCGGCGCUGUGCCGGCAGUCGGUAGGCGCGGACGCGGCGGGCGUGGCGGGCGGGGCGGGAGGGGCGGGCGGGGCGUGGGGCGGGUCGGCUGGUAA